UUUUGCAAUCGGCAGGACGCAAAGGAGAACGCGGGAGCGGAACGAGCGUCGUUCGGACGACCGCCGGCGACUUCCGAUGACGGAAUUCCUCAUCCUCUCCGCGCAGGGGCUCGGAGUCGAUCCGGUGGUCAAGUACACCGCUCUGUCGCUCUUCGCCGACCGGUUCUGCGCUUCUCUCGCCAGGUCUGAAGGGAGCAAUGCCAUUCAGCACUGGCUACUACAGCCCAUUAGAGAGAGCAACCUGCAGUUGUUUUCACUUGUCUCUAUCUGGAUCUCGAGCAAAAUACAUCUGUCUCGCCCUCUGUCUGUAAAAACCUUGAAGACUUGGGGGGAUCGGAUCAUCACCGAGCAACAUUUUACAACUCGAGACUUUUUCGAAGGAGAAGUGAUCUUUUUGCAGAUGCUGAACUUUGAAAUUGGAUCUGCAAGUGAUGCUUUUAUGUUCCUCGAACAACUCCACAUCCAAUUCAAGGAAGUCGCAGCAGUAGGGAAGCUUUUGAGUUUCCAAGCAUGCACGGAUGUCAUGGAUCUUCUCUAUGAAAAGGAGGAGAUGACAAGGCUUUAUCGUUCUCCUCGUCCUCUCGCUGCAUCUAUCUUGGUUUGUUCCUAUCUUAUGACAGUCCCAAAACAGAGUUUGGAAUUUCCAAUUCUUGCUUGGGGUACUAUUUCGUGUUCAAGUUAUUGCCUUUUCAUCUUCUCCAUGGUAGUUUCUUGUUUCCGUGACCAAAUUGUUACUGGACUAAGCCUUAAUAUAAUGUACCUUAACCAUAAGAUAUAUAACCAGAGCUCUUCAUAUUACAUUAAAAAGAUCUUUUGCUGUAUAGGCACAUUAUAUUCAUGUUUGUGAGUCCUCUUUUUUCUUCCACUUAAUCUAAUUAAAUUACUGACCCACUCUCUUUUUCUCACACAAACAGUUUGUGUAUUGUCUGCAUUCACAUUGAACUGCUUUUGCUGAUGGUUGAGCUGCCUAUAAAUUUUCUGAUAUGCUCUGCUGAUAUUCUGUUGGCUUGUAUUUCCACGUCAAGUGAACAUGUAAUGGAUUUUUAAGUAUUUUACCCUGAAACCUUCGAUUUAAUACUGUUUCUGGAUUGUCAGCAUGUAGAAUAGACAGACAUAUUGGUAUUGGAGGUGACAUUUGCUUGUCGAGAUCAUUUUUCACUGGCACAACUGCCGAGCUGAAGUGUCAAAAUGGAGAACUUGGGAUGUUUCUAAGAAUUUUUUGCUCCUGCAUGUUGAGUACCCAGUACAUUCCAGUGUUGACUUACUUCUGUUUCAUGGAAGAUGGGGUUCCCCUGUGUUGCUCCUUAAAGCAUUAGGACCUCUUUUUCGACUGAUUUGAAUGAUUUUCAACCUAAUUAUCUGCAAUAUUUAAGGUUCAUUGUUUGAAUAUGAAUCCAUAUUAAUGAAUUGACUUUCUGUUGUUGCAGUGAAGUUUGCAGCUUUGUGUGAAGAAGAAGAAGUGAAGGAAGUGGUGAAAGUCAUUCUUGGCCAUGUCUUCGAGCCUACUUGCUAGGACGGAAGUACUGAAGAGGGAUAUUGCUCAACGAAUCUAGUGCUAGUGCAAGGUCCUUUCCUUCUUCUUUUACAUAUUUUGAUUUGUUGCAACAUAAUUCUUGUGGAUAACGAUGCUCAAAGGAAAAAGAGUGGAAAAGAACUAAACGUAGUGAAAAGGCAUUUCUCAGUUUUGUCUAUGGGCGUAUUCAUGAGGGAUGAAGAAAAAUUCCAAGAGUUGUCAUAGAAAAUACAUGCUUCCGUGAUAAGGUUUUUGUGGGGAUGUUAUGCUUUUCACUAA